AUGAGAUUCUCGCUAGCUGCGAGCUCAAAUCCAGUACAGGAAUACGUGAAGCUUCUCAAGUUUGCUGGGCAGGCGAAGAAUUUGGCCGAGGGGAAGAGGAUCCACCGCGAAAUCGAAACCAGCUCGUUUUCGAGUGACAAGUUCCUGUCCGAUCACCUCAUCGACAUGUAUGGAAAGUGCGGCAGCGUUCACGAAGCGCGAGCCGCGUUUGAACAGAGCAACCAGAGAAACUGGAACUCGUGGAACGUAAUAAUCUCCGCAUUUGCCCAAAACCGGCAUUUCCAUGAUGCGAAGUUUGCGUUUGAGCGAAUGCCAAAGAGGGACGCCAUAAGCUGGACGACGAUGUUAAAAGCCUACGCAAAAGCUGGCGAGCUUAAGGAAGCUGUAAACUUGUUUGAUAACAUGUUAAAAAGAGAUGACGUCGCCUGGAACAACAUGCUUGCUGCAUAUGCCCAAGAAGGGAAUCUUUGCAAAGCACUUCUUACGUUCGAUCUCAUGCCGCAAUGGACUGUUGUGUCGUGGAACACUUUGAUCUCGGGGUAUCUCGAGCACGGCUGUGCCGACGAAGCGACCAAGCUGUUCGAUCAGAUGCCAGAAGAGACUGUGGUUUCCAAGACUGUAAAGUUUCGGGCGAGUGCACAGGCCGGGAACAUCCAUGCUGCUCGAUCGAUUUUCGAGUCAAUGAUGGAGCGAGACGUGGUUGCCUGGAACGCGAUGAUCUCCACCUAUGGUGAAAACGGAUCUUCGGACGAGGCCAAGAAGCUGUUCGAUCGAGCGAGUGAGCGAAACGUUAUCUCUUGGACGUCCCUCGUCACGGCAUUCGCUCUGGGUGGCCAGAUCGAUCGUGCGACUGGAGCGUUCAAGAGGAUGCCUGGACAUGACUCAGCGUCAUGGAACUUCCUCAUAACCGCGUAUGCCCAAACUGGGCAGGACACCGAAUCAAAGAGAUUGUUCGAUGAACUCCCUAUGAAGGAUGUAAUAUCGUGGAAUUCCUUGCUCAUCGCGUUUGGGUGGCGGAAGUCCAAACACCACCUUCGUGCAGCGUUCGAAAAAAUGCCGCAGCGUCACCUUAUCUCGUUCAACGUGCUCAUCACAGGAUAUGCCCAAUGCGGGUGUAUGCGCGAAGCACAAAACGCCUUCGAUUCCAUGCCCGUCCACGUUGUGCUAACGUGGAAUGCCCUAAUGGCGUCAUACGCACACUGCGGGUUCCUCCAAAAGGCCAAGACCGUCUUCGACGAGAUGCCCGUGCGAGACAGCAUCUCGUGGAACGCGCUCAUGGCCGCAUAUGCCCGAGCCGGGCACGGUGACGUGUCGUUCCACGUGUGCAGGCUCAUGUACCAGGACGGUGUACGCCCCGUCGACGUCACCUUUACCAUCGUCCUCACGGCGUGCAGCCACGGUGGCCUCUCCAAGGAUGGAUUGCAGUAUUUCCACUCGAUUUGCGCGGACCACAACUUGGUGCCUUCGCUCGACAAUUUUUGCUGCAUGAUCGAUCUGCUUGCGAGGUCUGGGCGGACUGGAGAUGCGCUGGAGCUGGUGGAGAGCAUGCCGUACCUCCCCAACGAGGUUGCAUGGGCGGUGCUGUUGGCAGGGUGCAUGACACACAAAGAUGUACGGCAUGGGGAGAUUGCUGGGAAGAGGUUUUGUGAGCUUAGCCCUUCCAAAGGUGCACCUUAUGUCAUGCUAGGCAAGCAUUUGAUUUCAUAA